AAUAGAGAACAAAACCAUCCCGGAAAAGGCCGAGGGGGCGUCUGUGUAGGUGCGGCACAAGUGGCGUUAUCAUUCACUUUCAGGGCAUUGCAGUAGAACACCGGCUCCCACCAACUUAUUUUUGAGUGGACCCGAUAGCACUGUGCAUUGAGCGCCAAGAAUAGCUUUGUGUCCAUUUUGCAUAUACCCGGACGUGCGUGCUAACGCUACUUUUAAAUCGGCAGGCGUUUAUCCAUCGUAGUCACCGCUAAGUAAAAAGACCAGGAUGCAAGUGGAUUAUUCGUGAAGAGAGAGCCCUAUCUACGUGCCAUGUCUCUGGUUUUCCCACGACCCAACACCAACGCAGUCCACGGCAAGAAGGAUAAGAGACUAAUGGCGGAGGUGAACGCGUCGCCACUCAAGCAUUUUGUCACCGCGAAGAAGAAGAUAAAUGGGAUCUUUGAACAGUUAGGGGCCUAUAUUAAGGAGAGUUCAUCAUUUCUCGAUGAUGCUCACAAAAAUGAAGAGCUGGAUCCAAUCACGACGGAAGAACAGGUACAGGAGGUUCGAAGUUACCUUACCAAGGUAGCAGGGAUUGGAGAAGUGCUCGCUCGGAGACACAUGAAGGUGGUGUUCUUUGGGAGGACCAGUAAUGGGAAAAGUUCGGUCAUCAAUGCUAUGCUGUGUGACAAGGUUUUGCCUUCUGGUAUUGGACACACCACAAAUUGUUUCCUGAGGGUCGAGGGAACGGAUGGGAACGAAGCUUUUAUUCUGACUGAAGGCUCUGAGGAGAAGAAAAGCAUUAAGACAGUGAACCAACUGGCACACGCUCUCCACCAGGAUGAGGACCUGGAUGCAGGCAGCUUGGUCUGUGUCAUGUGGCCUAAAGCCAAGUGUGCUUUGCUCAGGGAUGAUCUGGUCUUGUUGGACAGUCCAGGUAUUGACGUGACCACAGAACUUGACAGCUGGAUCGACAAGUUCUGCUUGGAUGCAGAUGUGUUUGUGCUUGUGGCAAACUCCGAGUCAACACUGAUGCAGACGGAGAAGUCAUUUUUCCACAAAGUCAACGAACGACUUUCCAGUCCGAACAUCUUUAUCCUUAAUAACCGUUGGGAUGCCUCAGCCUCUGAACCUGAAUACAUGGAUGAGGUGCGGAGACAACAUAUGGACCGCUGUACCAAUUUCCUCGUGCACGAGCUCGGUGUUGUGGACCAAGCUCAGGCCAGUGACCGCAUCUUCUUCGUCUCUGCCAAGGAGGUUCUCCAGGCACGUGUGCAGAAAGCUCAAGGAAUGCCUGAAGCAGGUGGCGCUCUUGCUGAUGGAUUUCAAGCUAGAAUGUUUGAGUUUCAGAACUUUGAGAGGCGAUUUGAGGAGUGCAUCUCUCAGUCAGCGGUGAAGACAAAGUUUGAGCAGCAUACAGUGCGGGCCAAGCAGAUCUCGGAAGCUUUGCGGCACAUCAUGGACGCCGUGCACAUUGCUGCACAAGAGCAGAGGGUCUACUGCCUUGAGACCAAAGAUGACCGUCAGGACCGACUGGAGUUUAUAGACAAGCAGUUGGAUCUUCUGACUAUGGACUGUAAGUCCAGGAUCAAGAAAAUCACAGAAGAGGUGGAGAGACAGGUUUCCAAUUGCAUGGCAGAAGAAAUCAGGAAGCUUCACGUGCUGGUGGAUGAUUUUCACAUGGACUUCCACCCAUCACAAGUUGUUCUCAAAGUCUACAAGAAAGAGCUCCACCGGCACAUAGAAGAGUGUCUGGGCAAGAACAUGUCAGACAGGUGCUCCACCACAAUUAGCACAGCUCUUCAGACCACACAGGCAGAAAUGAUAGAGGGUCUGAAGCCGCUUCUACCCAACCCAGCCAGAGAGCAGGUGGACAAGCUGGUUCCUCGCCAGUGUUUCAGUCUAAGUUAUGACCUGGCUUGCGAUAAGCUUUGCAGUGACUUCCAGGAGGACAUCAGCUUUCACUUCUCUUUGGGCUGGACGAUGUUGGUCAACCGCUAUUUAGGGCCCAAAAACACUCGACGGGCCCUCAUGGGCUACAGUGACCAGAUCCCUCGAACUUUGGCGCUCACUCCUGUCAGCGCCAGCAUGCCUCCAUUUCCACAAAACUCCAUGACUCAGGAGGAGCUGAUGGUUUCCAUGGUGACCGGACUUGCCUCCCUCACUUCCCGGACCUCCAUGGGUGUCCUUGUCGUUGGUGGUGUGAUCUGGAAGGCCGUGGGCUGGCGUCUGAUCGCUCUGUCUGUGGGUCUCUACGGGCUCCUCUUCGUCUAUGAGCGCCUCACCUGGACGACAAAGGCCAAAGAGCGUGCGUUCAAGAGACAGUUUGUUGACUACGCCAGUGAGAAGUUGCAGCUCGUCGUCAGCUACACCGGAUCCAACUGCAGUCACCAAGUCCAGCAAGAGUUGGCCGGGGUGUUUGCACAGCUCUGCCAGCAGGUAGACGUGACUCGGCAGAAUCUUGAAGAUGAGAUCACUGACAUGAAUAGCAAGAUUGAGCUGUUGGAUACCAUGCAGAGCAAAGCUAAGCUGCUACGGAACAAGGCGGGCUGGCUGGACAGCGAGCUCAAUAUGUUCACCCAGCAGUACCUUCACCAAAGCAAGUAAAGCUGACACAGCAGCCACCUGAAAAAUCGAACAAUACUCCUGAAUUUUUGGGCGUGUCUAUUAAAAUGUUUGCCUCUUAUUUCUUCCAAGAAAGGGUGCCCAUUUGAUUAUUUAUUGAGGACACUUUAGUGACUAUGAUAUGAGUUCCAGUGGAGUUGGCAAAUGUGAUGCUGCUAAAAGUUAUUUAAGGAAUUGGGACUAGCUUGUUAAAAAUGUAAAUGAUGAGACACGGAAAGGGAAAGAGAACGUCAAAUUUUGUGGGAAUAGGAAACACUAAGAAAGGGUGCCCGGUGUCAUUGGACAAUAACCACAUGAGGUGCAAGAAGAAAAAACAGCAGUGUUAUUUCUCAAUAACAUGAGAAAAGGGUGCAUCCAUUUAAUAAUAGUCACUAUUAAAGGACAACGUAGAACAAUCCUGAAUGCUCAUGAACUUUGGUAUGUAUGCACAUGUAUAAGUUCAAAUCAAUGCAGUGCUUAACAAUUUUUUUUUUUUAGACCAUAAUCGUUAUUUGUCUCAGAGAGCACAUAAAAGUGCUUUAAUACAGACUUGACAAAUUUGAAUUAAGCAUAACAUUCGACCGCAACUGGAGAAUUCAAACAAAUAGACCAACUUUGGUUAACGAGCUUCUCCUGUGUAUUAACAUUACAGAAGCAUAAAAAUGAUUUUGGUGAUUAGUACCAUCGCUAAUAAAUUUGUUGAGCACUGUAGAUAUUUCCCCUGAGUGUCUCCUUAACCUGUUAAGCCUCUUUCACACCGUUUCCCACCUUUCACCUGCCUGUUGUCUGUAUUUAUGCAAAGUUGGUUGGACAGUGGACAGAUAUGUUUAUCUUGUCCUUGCGUCUUGUCUUCCUCACUGGAUUCUUAGAUGAGUUUCCAGCCAUUAUUUUGGUUUUGUAUAUAGGUGUAGAAAUAUUUAAAAAUACAGGACUUGUAUGUCAACAUGAAAUGAUAUGGCACAUAUCUAAAGGAUUUUGCCCACAAUUAAAAUGCCACUCUGAAAUGAU